AUGCCUGCGGACAAAAAGGUUACGAAACUAACAAAAGUGUAUAAGGACCGCCGUACGUGGAUGGAAGAAUUUGUGGAUUUUGUGGAUAACUAUAAAGAUUCUGAACAGCGGGUAGAACUACAAAGUCAAUUGAAAGCGUUAGAAGGAGCGAAGGAUGCGUACGAAGAGGCGAGGGAAAAUUUGCUUAUUGAAGAUGAAGAAGCAGAUGAAGUGCAGAUGCGAAGUGAUAGAAGGGAUUUCUUUAAAAAGUUUCACCGUGUGAGAGGGUUUAUCAUGGAUAUGUUGAAGACUGAUGAAAGUGUGCAGCCGAUCGCAAGUAGCACGAUGGCGAAUACGACUACAGCGAGUGUUAAAAUGCGUUUACCAAAACUCGAGCUUCCGACGUUUGAUGGUAACAUUACCCAGUGGGUAACGUAUAAGGAUCGUUUUGUGUCUUUAGUGCAUGAUGUGGCUGAGCUACCGGAUGUAGCCAAACUUCAGUACCUUUUAGCUUCGCUGAAGGGAGAAGCUGCACUACAGUUUGAGCAGGUGCCGCUGGAGGAGAAAAGCUACGCGUCAACCUGGGACACCCUGUUGCAGAGAUACGACGACAAUAAGCAGCUGCGAAGGGAAUAUUUUAAAGCACUUGUUCAGCUGGAACCGAUGAGUGCCGCAACGUCAUCUGAAUUAACCAGAAUUGUUAACGAAACACGACGACUGGUUCAAGGAAUGAAACGGCUGGAAGAACCAACGCAACAUUGGAACACACCGCUCACGACACUGUGGAAAACAAGACCGACACCUACGACCUGUUGA